GAAGGCGGCGAAAAAGAACGCACAGAACGAAAAAGCGCGGAAGAUACAGGACUCCUCUACAUCAAUAGGAGUUCAAUCACUGAAACGGAAAAUGAAAACAAAUUGUGCGCUGGAAAUUACCAUUGGCCUUUGAGCACUGAGGAUGAUGCGUGCGUUUGUUUAAGUCGUUUUUACAGACGUAAGUCUCUUCGUGAAACUUGUGUUUACGAAAACUUGGCCGAGGAACUACCUGUGUUAGAAGCGCUCUCCUAUAAGACCUGUUGCUGUGACACCCGCGGUAGAUAGAGCUCUUGGGGAAGGAAUGUUGCUUUCACCGCGCUUUCUGUUCACCGAGGUGCUUGUUUCUCUACGGUUUUUUGCACUGCUGGUAUAACCGUAGAUCCUCUCUCAAUCAUCGCUCUUCAUUGUUUAUAUUUGUUUAUCGAGUAAAAACAUCGUUUGAAUUACUCUGUGUGGAAUAAUUCCAUUCAAGUGAUAUCAGUGCUUAUUAAGCCGAUAUAGUCCCACCAAAUACCUUGCCUUCCGAGAAAUUCCGUGUUUAUUUAAUGCCAUUCAUUAUUGGACUUCAAAAAUGAUUAUGAUUCGUGAAUCUUUUCUUGCGAUUUUGUUCUUCGAAAGUGCAAAGUGCCCUGUUUUGGAUUUAUUCACAGAUUUCUGAUGAGAAUGUAAAUAAUACGGAAAUAUCAUCAUCCAAACGGGGUAAGUGUCUUUUAUUUUAUGUGUUAUUACUAAUUCUAUAGUGCACGCAUUAGGAUAUGCAAUAUACAUGAUUUUCAAAAUUUAAUUAAAAUGUUGUUCGUGCACUCAGUCAGUUAUGCAGAGACUUAUGCCAGUUGUGACUAUAAUUUAAAGAAGAUUUUAAGGUUGCGGCAAAAUAAAGCCAAAGUAAAAUGUAAAUGGUCACCACCUAGGACAAGGUUCCGGAUCCCAUUUAGGUUCCAAAUGAAAACUAAUGCCAUUCUUGUGUUUUUAUCUUUGUUAUUGUUUCUUGUUCGUUAUACUCAAGGGCAGGGCCCUGGCCCUCAAGCAUCGGGGUUAACUAUGAGGUCACGUGAAGCAGAUAUGCGGGUGCAGUUCGAAAUUGAAGAAGGUCAACCCCCAGGGACUGUUGUAGGGACCAUCCCCACAAAAGCAAACUUUACAUACCGAUUCAACGAAAGACCUCCUGAGUUUUUGCUAAACGGCACAACAGGAGUGAUAACGACGGCAAUGGAAAUUGAUAGAGAAAUGUUAGCUAGUGAAAGAUUUGAUUUAAUUAUUCUGAGUAGUCAGCCUACAUAUCCCUUGGAGGUUCGCAUUGUUAUUCUCGACAUCAAUGACAACUCUCCCUAUUUUCCUGAACCUAGCAUUGAAGUAUCAUUUUCUGAAAGUGCUAACAUAGGAACACGCGUGAUUCUCGACACUGCAACUGAUAGGGAUGUCGGAAUUAAUGAUGUCACUACUGAUUAUAAAAUAGUGUCUGGAAAUGAUGAAGGAAAAUUUAGAUUAGUUGUUACAACAAACCCAAGUGGUGAAACACCAUAUUUACAUUUGGAAACCACUGGACGCCUUGACAGAGAAACUAGAUAUUUCUAUCAAUUAAAUAUUUCUGCCCAGGAUGGUGGAACUCCACCAAGGUUUGGUUACUUACAAGUAAAUGUGACUAUUUUGGAUGUAAAUGAUAAUCCUCCUAUUUUUGAUCAUAGUGAUUAUUCUGUUAGUCUCAAUGAAAGUGUACCUCCUGGUACCAGUGUUUUGCAAGUUCGUGGAACAGAUAAUGAUAUUGGGGACAAUGCCAAAAUAGUUUAUUUUCUCAGUGACACUGAAAGUCAGUUUACAGUUGAUCCUAUUACUGGAAUAAUUUCUACUCUUGAAGUCCUAAAAUGUCAACAGAACUGCCCUACUCAAGGAAAGUGUUCCAAAAGUUGUGUUUUCACAGUUUAUGCUCGGGAUCAUGGGACUCCCCGACAAGACGGUAGAGCUUAUGUCACGGUCAAUCUCCUUGAUGCAAAUGAUCACGAUCCAAGUAUUAGAUUUAGAUUUUUUCCAUCAACAGCUAGUUAUGCCACUGUUGACGAAAACGCUCAAAAUGGAUCUGUUGUUGCUGCUGUUAGUGUUAUAGAUUUAGAUGAAGGUUCCAAUGGAGAAACAUGGGUAGAAAUACAAGGAGGCAAUGAACUUGGUCAUUUUCGAUUAGAAUCAACUCCUAGUUUUGAUAUUGUCCGAGUAAAUGGUGUUCUUGACCGUGAACAAAUUGGCAAAUACAACCUCACGAUUACCGCUACUGACCGUGGCAUUCCACCCAGAAGUUCUACUGCAUUUCUUAUUAUACAUGUAAAUGAUGUUAAUGAUCAUGAACCGAUAUUUGAGAAAAAUGAAUAUUCAGCUGUCUUACCAGAAACCGUGUUGAUAGGUACAUAUGUUGCUGGAAUCAGUGCUACUGAUGAAGAUACAGGUGUAAAUUCAGAUAUUUAUUAUGCUAUAGUAUCCGGUAAUGAUAGGCGUUGGUUUGACAUUGAUGUUCAUACUGGUUUAAUUACAACUUCAUCUAUCCUUAAUCGUGAAGAUCAAGAUUAUGUAGAGCUAAAAAUUUCUGCCAGAGAUGGCGGUCCUAAUCCACGAUGGACAUACACUUAUCUUAGAAUACAAAUUCUUGAUCAAAAUGACGAAGCUCCAUCAUUUGCUGAAGAUAUAAUGAAUGUCACUUUAAUUGAAAGCUCGCCUCCUAAUUCUUUAGUAGCAGUAGUUACUGCAGUAGAUAAUGAUUUGGGUACAAAUGGAAGCGUGGAAUAUUUCUUUCACCCAGAUGUAGAGCGAUUAUAUCCAAAUAAAUUUCUUUUGGAUUCAACGUAUGGCAGAUUAACACUUAGAGAACAAGUAGAUAGGGAAGAAAUAGAAGUAUAUUACAUUCCCAUUAUAGCUAGAGAUCAAGGAACUCCAUCUUUAUCAUCUACUGCUACUGUCCGUAUUACUAUAUUAGAUAUCAAUGACAAGAAACCUUAUUUCUACCCCAAACAAUACUUUUACACUCUACAUUCAUCAGAUACUGCAGGAACUGUUGUUGCUAAAUUAUCAGCAACAGAUGCUGAUGUAGGUAAGAAUGCUGAAUUAGCAUUUAGUUUAGUAAGUGGUGGUGAAGGAAAUUUCGAAGUGGACAAGGACGGUAUAGUCAAAACUAAAACUCAUUUCAGUAAGAAAAGGGAAAUUUCUAAAUAUGAAAUUAUUGUAGCGGUUCAUAAUCCUAAUGAUAGGACUAUGUCUGAUGAAGCAGUUGUAAUUGUGUACAUUGGUGAUGCUCAACAUAGAACCAUUCAAUUUGAUCAAAGUAAGGGUUAUAAUUUUGUGAUUGAAGAAGAUAUGAACAAUUCUGAAUCCGGUAUAGGAAGAGAAGUUGGAAGAGUAUCUGUUAAAAGUAGGUCGAUGAGGUCUGGUGUGAAAUAUUCCAUUACCGAUGGUGAUCCAGAGGAAUGGUUUCGUAUUGAAGAAUCUCUAGGAAUUAUCAGUACAUCCUGUUCUAUAGAUAGAGAAAUUCAUGCACAGUUUACUCUUCGCAUUGCAGCUUAUGAUUUUCUAGGGUUUACUCAGACUACUGUCAAUAUAACUAUAACAGAUCUUAAUGAUUUCCCUCCCACCUUUGAACAUCCAACUGGACCUAUAGAAGUUAUGGAAGAUUGGCCAGUGGGACAUGAAGUAUAUCUAGUAAAAGCAUUUGAUAAAGAUGUUGGACCCAAUGGUCGAAUAGAGUAUUCAUUAUCUGCUCAGCCCCAUAACACUUUUUAUAUUGAUAAAACAUCUGGUAUGAUAUGUUUAAACAGACCUGUUAGAUUUGAAGUUGGGAGCGAAUAUGAAGUUGUUGUUACUGCACGUGAUUUAGGAAUUCCUUCAUUGUAUUCGAAAUUAGAUCUUACAAUCUUGAUUCAAGAUGUAAAUGAUAGAACUCCUGUAUUCGAUCAUGUAGCAUAUGAAACAUCCCUUUUAGAAUCCGUACCAGUUAAUGAUAGAUUUUUUCUUCUGAGGGCUACGGAUGCUGAUUUUGGAAUCAACAAGCAGUUAACAUAUGCAAUAACUGCAGGUAACGACGAGAACAGAUUUGGAAUUUUUCCGGAUGGUUACCUGUAUGUGAAGAGGCCACUAGAUCGUGAAAAGAGAGACUUUUACUCACUAACCGUUACUGCUCAAGACAAUGGGAAAGAGCCUCGUAGUUCUUCUGUUAACAUAGUAAUACAUAUUAUUGAUGAAAAUGAUAAUAGUCCUACUUUUGACAACAAAACUUUUCAGUUCUUUAUAGCUGAAAACGAACCACCAGACACGUAUGUUGGACGAUUAUCAGCCGAAGAUUUAGACAAAGGUCGCAAUGCUGAACUAACUUACACUAUUACAAAUACUCAGACUGAUUUUAUGAUCAAUCCCAAAACUGGCUUUAUUCGAACUCUCCGUUAUUUUGAUCGUGAGCAGAUAGUUGAAGCAACUGGCCAUGAUUAUAUAGUUAUGGAUGCUGUUGUUAUGGAUGGAAGUGUUAGACUGAAAGACGAAGCUAAAGUUACGGUACAUAUAACUGAUGUAAAUGAUAAUGCCCCUCAGUUUGUUCGAGCUUCAUAUCAUGCUGCUAUAUCUGAAGGGUCGCCAGCUGGAACCCAAGUUAUUCGAAUUGCUGCUGUAGAUGCAGAUGAUGGCAUAAACGGUAAUAUUCAGUAUUCCAUCGUGCAUGGCAAUGAUGGAAAUGUCUUCUACAUUGAUGAUAUCACGGGUCAGAUUACUGUAUCAAAAUCAUUAGACAGAGAAACUAUUGCUCAUUACAUCUUAACUGUUAUGGCUCGUGAUUUAGGGGAGGAUAUAUCUCAUAACUCAACUGCUCUUGUUAGCAUUGAUGUUCUGGAUGAGAACGACAAUGUACCCCGUUUUGACAAUGCCACAACAAAACUUAUUAAUAUUAGCGAAGAUGCAAUUGUCGGUUCGAGAAUCUUCACUUUUUCUGCUUCUGAUAAUGAUUUAGGUGUAAAUGCUGAAAUAACAUUUUUCGUUGCAUCAGGAAAUUUUAAAGAAACUUUCAGGAUCGAUGGACCUUCAGGCUCUUUGUAUCUUGCUAGACCUUUAGAUUAUGAAGACAAAAAUAAUUAUGUGUUGAAUGUUUCUGCAAGUGAUGGCGGUACACCAAAACUAACUACAACAAUCAAAGUUAUCGUCAAAGUUCUUGAUGUGAAUGACAAUGCCCCUCGGUUUUCUAGCACGGCAGUUGUACGACAAAUAGAAGAAAGUAUACCUCCCAACACUCCUGUUGUGACCUUAACAGCUCAGGAUCGUGAUUCUGGUGUAAAUGGAAAAAUUCUAUUCAAUAUAUCACACCAAGAUCCACCUGGUAGACACUUUGCCAUGCAACCUGAAACUGGUGUACUCUUCACUACCAAAAUUAUUGAUCGUGAAUAUAGUGAUACUUUUCGAUUAACUGUUGUUGCUACUGAUCAAGCAGCAGAUCCUUCCAUGCGACUAUCUGUUGAAAAAACAGUGACAAUAAUAGUUGAAGAUAUCAACGACAAUGCACCGACCUUCGUUUCUAUGGAUGCUGGAAUUCUUCCAGCCGGUAUGGAAAAAGGUUAUAAGAUUAUGACCUUAUCUGCAAGUGAUCCUGAUGCGAAUAAUAAUGGCAUGGUUACUUACGAAUUAGAAGGUGGUGACUCGGCUUUGUUUACUUUGGACAGACUAUCUGGCGAUUUAUUUACGGCUCGUGCUAUUGAAAGGCCAGCAGUGUCAUAUACACUUACGGUGAAAGCAACUGAUCAAGCAGUUAUAUCCGCUCGCAAAUCUUCCAGGAGCAAAGUAACCAUUAUUGGUACAGUACGGAACAGCGAUGGGCCUGUGUUUGAAUCGGUAGAAUAUUCUGGAUCAGUGCUUGAAAAUAAGCCUGUUGGAACCAGUGUCUUGAGUGUGCGUGCGCAGUAUCCUCAUGGUGAAACUGAAAGACAGGUGGAAUACUUUUUAACUGCUGUGACAAAUGCUGCUGGUGUAUCUCAGAGCAGAGUUUUUGCUAUCAAUCGAUUUAGUGGAGUCAUUUCAACUGCUUCUGUGCUGGACAGAGAAGGUGGAGCAAGAAUGUUUCAUCUGGAUGUUUAUGCUGUGGACACAGUCGCCCAGAGUCCCAAAACCUCAAAAGCCAAGAUUACUAUUACAGUUUUAGAUUCCAAUGACAGUCCUCCAGUUUUUGAUAACAGCCCGUAUAAAGUCAGCCUAUCAGAAAAUGCUAUUGCUGGUCAUACGGUCAUUACCGUUUCAGCUUCAGAUCCAGAUAUUGAAGGUAGUCUUACUUAUACUCUUGUCAAUGAAAAAGAAGAUGAAAAAUUCCGCCUUGAUCCCUUGGCUGGAGCUCUUUAUCUGAGUCAACCAUUAGAUAGAGAAACUCAAGAUGUGCACAAGAUAAGAAUACGGGCUGAUGAUGGAGUUCAGUUUUCAGAAACUACUCUCACUAUAGAGGUAAUUGAUUCCAACGACAACUCUCCAGUUUUUGACCAUUCUGUCUACUCCUUCGACAUACCUGAAGGUACUCAACGAGGAGCUCAGGCAGGUCUUGUUUCUGCUACCGAUGCUGACAUCGGCGUCAACAAGGAAAUCAGCUACUCUGUUCUCAGUGACUGGGGAAAUAACAUAUUUUCUCUAAAUCCUCAAACAGGCAUUUUCACCUUAACAUCUCAUCUAGAUUAUGAACAGAUGCAGCAUUACAUAUUUGUAGUUCAAGCGCAAGAUUCUGGAACACCUAGUUUAUCUACGACAGUGACUGUUUAUUUCAAUGUUGUUGAUUUAAAUGAUAAUGCUCCAUUAUUCGAUCCAAUGAGUUACAGUGAUGAAGUGUUUGAGAAUAUAACUGUAGGUACUAGCAUCCUUAGAGUUAGUGCAACAGAUAUGGAUUCAGGAGACAAUGGCUGCAUAGUUUAUAAUAUCAUAGAUGGAAAUACUGAUAACAAAUUUGCAAUAGAUACAGAUGGAACUAUUUUUACUGUAAAAACCCUCGACAGAGAAACGCAAUCUUUUUACAGUCUGACUGUUAGUGCUACUGAUCGAGCUCUUGAACCUGAUAAAAGAUUGUCUAGCACAGUGCAAGUUAGCGUUAUUUUGAAAGAUGUAAAUGACAUGGCUCCUGAAUUCGUUACACCAAAUGAAAUAUCUGUAAUGGAAAAUGUCCCUAGUAACACUGUUGUGAUGGCAAUCAAAGCAAUUGAUAAAGAUGAAGGUCGAAAUAGCUACAUUGAAUACAGUCUUGCUCCUCAAUCUAACAGCAAAUUUUCUUUAGGUCCUAUCGAUGGAUUAUUACGUGUUGUAGGACCUUUAGACAGAGAACAAAUAUCAGAAUAUAAAGUCUCUGUUGUAGCUAAAGAUCGCGGCCAUCCUUCACAAUCUACUAUGACUGACAUUAUUAUUCAGGUUACAGAUGAAAAUGACAAUAGUCCAUCCUUUUUACAUCAACAGUAUAGUGCAACGGUAUCAGAAAAUACAAGUGUGGGUCUCAGUGUUCUUCAGGUUUUUGCUUCUGAUGUCGAUGAAGGCCUAAACGGACAAGUGAGGUAUUCUAUCAUUGCCGGUGAUCUAAAUCAUGAUUUUGUCAUUGACCAAGAUACUGGCAUAAUAAGGGUUAGUAAAAAUCUUGAUUAUGAAAGAAAAAGCCACUAUUCGUUAACAAUACAAGCUGAAGAUAGUGGAGUAGAUAUCAGACACGAUACUGCUGCCGUUGGGAUUGCUAUUACUGAUAUAAAUGAUAAUCCACCAAUAUUUCAUGACUCACCAUAUUACGUGCAUGUUAUGGAAAAUAUGUUAUCAUUACCUGUGUCUUUGAUGUUAAUAAUGGCUCAUGAUAGUGAUCAAAUACCAAACAAUCAGUUACAGUACCUCAUUAAAGAUGGAAAUAGAAGUAUAUUCUCUAUAAAUCCCACCACAGGAGAGCUUAGUGUACAGAAAACUUUGGACAGAGAACAACAAUCUGAGUAUGUUCUCACUAUCAGUUGCAUCGAUUCAGGUUCUCCUCGACAAACUGGCACUGGCACUGUAAAAGUCAUUGUUGAUGAUAUAAAUGACAACCAACCACAAUUUGCUUUCAAAGAAUAUUCUACAUAUAUCAUGGAAAAUCUUCCUCCACUUUCACCUGUUAUCACCAUUUCUGCUUCAGAUGAGGAUAUUGGAAGAAACGCUCAAAUUCAGUAUUCAUUACUUGGCAACAACGAAAACAAAUUUAAAGUUGAUCCAGAUACUGGAACAAUCAGUACCAACGCAAUUUUAGAUCGGGAGGAACAUGAGAUAUACAAUGUGCUACUUGUUGCUCAAGAUUUGGGGCUCAUCACUCAACAUAAAGCUGUCACUAAUGUUACAAUCAUUGUUGAAGAUGAAAAUGAUAACAGGCCAGUAUUUGCUGAAUCAAGCUAUACUGUAUAUACACCUGAUACAGCUGUUGGUGGUCAUUUUGUAUUCGGAGCUGUUGCUGUUGAUUUGGAUGCCGGUUUGAAUAGUCGACUAGUGUACCAUCUAUCAGGCACAGAUGCUGAUAAAUUUCAAAUUAAUCAAGAAACUGGUGUUGUGAAACUUGUGCAGAAAUUAGUAAAUAAAUCAGAAGGUUAUCAACUAAAAAUCCAUGCCACCGAUAGUGGGCAGACUCCAUUGUCUUCUACCACUUUGGUGAAUGUGUUUACUGAAAAAUUUCAACUCUUCCCUCGAUUCCAUCCAGGGUUAAGAAGCUUCAAGUUUGCUGAAUCUUCUGAAAAUUUAGUUGUUACACGGGUAUCUGCUGUUUCACCAAAAGUCAAUGAUGCUAGUAAAUUGAAGUAUUACAUUGCUGGAGGCAAUUCUGGCAAUGCAUUUAGUGUAAAUUCAGAGAUAGGUGAAGUCAGACUAGUAGGUGGACUGGAUCGCGAAACUAUAUCUGCAUAUGAAUUAUGGGUAGAAGCAAGAGAUAGCGAUACGCCUUCUCUCGCGAGUGCAGUUAAAUUAGAAAUUCAAGUUACAGAUAUUAAUGAUAAUUCGCCAGUUUUUGAAAAAUCUGUAUAUAAUGCGACUGUCAAAGAAGAAUUAGAACCACCAUUAUUUGUUAUACAAGUACAAGCAUCUGAUGCAGAUUUUGGUGUUAAUGGAGACGUUGAAUACCAUUUUGAUUCUGAAGAGGAAAUGAAUCAUCCUUUUUCCUUGGAUCUGAAAACGGGGAAAAUUUAUACUACUGAAGUCCUUGAUCGAGAAACUAUUGAUGAAUAUAAAAUAUUCAUUAAAGCUGUCGAUCAUGGAACGCCUCAAAGAACAAGUUCUGCUACAGUUUAUAUCAAAGUUCUAGACAAAAACGAUAAUCCACCAAGAUUUACUAGAUUGUUUAGUGCGAAUGUUACCGAAAAUGCACCGAUUGGAACUUUCAUUAUACAAGUGACCUCUUCCGAUAAGGAUAUUAAUAUGAAUGCUAAUGCUACUUACAGUUUCACUGAAAACCCUGGUGAAAAGUUCAAUAUUGAUCCUGUUUCUGGUAAUGUUACUGUUGCCGGGUGGAUUGAUCGAGAAGUCAAAGAUGAAUAUUUAUUGAAAGUAGCUGCUGUCGACGGAUCAUGGCAAGCUGAAACUCCCCUGACGGUUCUAAUUCAAGACGUCAAUGAUAAUGUACCCGAAUUCAGUCUUCCAGAAUAUACAUUCAAUAUUCCUGAGUUGAUGCAAGGAGUUUUAUUUAUAGGGCAAGUUACUGCUACGGAUCGUGAUAAAAAGGGUCCUGACUCUUUUGUUAGUUAUUCCUUGAAACGGCCUUCUGACCUAUUUCGAAUAGACCCAAGUACUGGAAAUAUUUUAAGUAAGCAAGUGCUUUACUAUAAAAGAACGUUAAAAGGGUCAUCACCGGAAAAUCAGCAUGUCCUUCAAGUUGUUGCGACAGAUCAUGGUAAUCCUCCGCUAAGCAGUGAAGUAACUGUAGUGAUAAAUGUUAUUGACUCAAAUAAUAAUGCUCCUGUAUUUCAAAAGGAAUAUUACUUUUCUCCAAUACCAGAAAGUGCAGCAAUUGGAUUAUCUGUAUUUCAAGUUGUUGCUGAAGAUAAAGAAGAUGUUGGUAUCAAUGCUGAAAUUGAAUAUUUUAAAACUGGUGGAAAUGGCUCUGAGUAUUUUUCAGUGCACAGAACUACAGGUUGGGUGACAGUGUCAAGUCCUUUGGUUGGAUUGAAGAAUAAAUGGUUUGCUAUCAAUCUUAAAGCUACAGAUAAAGGAGUUCCUCCUAGAUCUGCUGAUGUUGUUGGUUUGUUUUCUAUCACAGAUGAGAAUCACUAUUCUCCUGCUUUCACAGCUUUAAGUUAUCAAGUAGUGAUUCCUGAAAAUGAACCUUUGCUGUCAGAAAUUGUCACGGUUACUGCAACUGAUGAAGACAAAGGAUUUAAUGGAGAAAUUAUCUACUCCAUAUUAUCAGGCAAUCACGACAAUCAGUUCCAGAUAUCUCCUCACACUGGAGCAAUAACCAUUGCUAAAUAUUUAGACUUUGAGAGUGUUAGUACAUACCAUUUAAAUAUUCUUGCAUCAGAUAGAGGGUUCCAAAGCAAAAAUUCUACAGCAGUAUUGACCGUCCUUGUUACAGAUGUGAACGACAAUCCUCCAGUAUUCAAUUCCACAAAAUUUGAUGUCUUCCUUGGAGAAAACGAACCCCCAGGAACAUAUGUGACACAAUUAAUAGCUUUCGAUGCAGACUCUGCGCGAAAUAGUAUAAUAGAAUACUCUGUUGUCGAAGGAGAUGAUCAUACUUUCUUCAGCGUUAAUCCUAAAAAUGGUGUUGUAACGUCUAAAUAUUCUUUUGAUUAUGAGCAGAAAACAAAAUACACUAUUCAAAUAAUUGCUAGUAAUGUUGGAACCCUUCUUUUUACUUCUACAGUUGUAGAUAUUCAUAUAGUUGGUAAAAAUGAGUAUUACCCGCAUUUCAUUCAGCCUGUAUUUCAAUUUACUGUCAGUGAAUCUGCUGGUGUUGGUACAACUGUUGGACAGUUACAAGCUGUUGACGAAGACAGCGGUGUAGACGGCGAAGUUUAUUUCCUGUUAGUGGGUAGCAGCAACAACAAAGGAUUCCAAAUUGAUUCUAAGAGUGGAAGUAUCAAAGUUUCUCGAGCACUGGAUAGGGAAUCUCAGUCUCGUGUUGUUCUUACAGUACUUGCUAAGAAUGCUGGCAGUAUAAGAGGAAAUGACACAGAUGAAGCUCAAAUAGUGAUCAGUAUUCAAGAUGGAAAUGAUCCUCCAGUUUUCUCAAAAGAUGUGUAUGAAGCCAGGGUGAGUGAAGCUGCUCCAUUAGGCACAUCUGUUGUUUCAGUAUCUGCAGUAGAUAAAGAUGUUCACCCGAAUAAUAAUCAGUUUUCAUUUUCAAUUCUUUCUGGUAACAAUGACAAAGCAUUUAGCAUAGAUCCACAAUCAGGAGCUAUAUACACUGCAGGUAAUCUUGACAGAGAAACACAUCCUGUAUACAAUUUAACUGUUACUGCAACCGAUAGUGGAAAUCCACCUCAAUCUGGCUCUACGCUAGUAAAAAUAUAUCUUGAUGAUGUUAAUGACAAUGGACCUACGUUUGAUUCAUCAAAAGUAAUAGGUUAUGUAUUGGAGAACGAACCACCAUACACAAAUGUUAUGGUUCUUAGCGUAACUGAUCAAGAUUUACCUCCAAAUGGAGCACCCUUCAAAUUUUUCUUGAUUGGUGGUGAACAUAAAGAUUUCUUUGAAAUAGAGACCCAUACAGGCUUAGUUAAAACAACCAGGAGCCUUGAUAGAGAAACAACACCUGAACUUGAGAUUUUGGUUGCAGUUCAAGACAGUGGAACACCUCCAAUGAGUUCUCAAAACUUAGUUAAAAUAAUGGUGCUUGAUAAGAAUGAUAGCCCUUCAACUUCUAGACCUCUUACAAUUUUAGUCUGGGUGCACAACAAAAGUUUCCCAGGAAGAAAGAUUGCUGAUGUGCAUCCACAGGAUCUUGAUAUAGUUGGACAAUAUCAGUGCCAAAUUGUGGAGGGAAACACUGCCAUUUUUAGGAUUCCUAGGAAGUGCGAUUUACACACAGCCAAAUUCGAAAACCCAGGAAUUUAUACACUCACUGUCAGUGGGAAUGACGGAAAGCAUCGAAAUGUGUCAUCUACAAUCCGAGUGAAAUUUUUGAAUUUUGACAACGCUACUCUUGAAAACAGUGUUUCUUUGAGAAUUUGGAAUUUUUCUGCGGAUACCUUCUUAGCCAUACAUUUUGAUAAUUUCAUGAGGGUUCUGGACAGUAUAUUUAAGUCAUCAAGUCACCCAGUUGUAUACAGUAUUGUGAAUGUGGAGGAGCACUUGGAAAUAACUUUAGCUUCGAAAUCAUCAGAAAGUACAUAUGUUCCACCGCAAGAAGUUCUUUCCUUAUUGAAUGAAAAGUCCUCAUUUCUUAGGGAAGCGGUGGAAGAUAAAGACAUUGAUAUAGGUUACAAUCCUUGUGAAGUUUCACCUUGCCAAAAUCAAGGUACUUGCAGAAGUUUCAUAGAAAUGAAGGACUUCUUAUCAAUUGUUGAUUCGCCGUCGUUAAUAUUUACAUCACCUCAUGUUGCUCGUGAGUUUUCUUGUCAGUGCCCUCCGGGAUUUUCUGGAUCCAUGUGCCAAAAUCAACAAGAUCCUUGUUUGCCAAAUCCUUGUUUCUCUGGCAGCUCUUGCCAUCAAGACGGUACUUCUUUCCGUUGUGUUUGUGGUCCACAGUAUCAAGGGGAAAGAUGCGAUAUUCCCCGUAAGGAAUCUUGUACAACAUCACUUUGUAAAAAUGGUGGAACCUGCCAAGAAGCACCAAAUAGUGGCUUUUUCUGUUUAUGUAGGCCUGGAUUUAAAGGUUUAGUUUGUGAACAGACUGCUGAUGCAUGUCGUCCAAAUCGUUGUCUUAAUGGAGGAACUUGUGUUAGUGAGAACUUAGGUUAUCAUUGUGUUUGCACGUCAAGUUAUUUCGGCAGGCAUUGUGAAAAAUCCUCAUAUGGUUUCCAUCCUUAUUCAUACAUGGCAUUCAAUCCUCUUCAGCCAACAACAAAUGAUAUUUCAAUUGUCUUCUCAACAAACAGGCAAAACGCUCUUCUCGUAUACAAUUUUGGAGCUCAAAGUGGUGGACGAUCAGAUUUCUUAGCUUUAGAAAUAAUCAAUUCUGUGCCUACUAUGUCUUUCGGUGGUUCAAGAACAGCAAUAACAAGAAUUUCCACUAAUAUCGUUGUUUCAGAUGGAAGAUGGCAUAAAGUAACUGCAAUUAGAAACGGAAAGAUGUCCUCGGUAUCCGUGGUACAUUGCAAUGAGAAUGGAGAUACAUGUGAAGAAUGUUUACUUGGUAAUUCAACGUGCUCUAAAUCUGCUUCUGGUCAUACUGGGACUCUCAACUUCAGUGGUAAUCUAAUGUUUGUUGGUGGUAUCGCAACUGUCGAUCCUAUUUUAGAACGUCCUGGUCAAGUUUCUACUAGUGAUUUUGUUGGAUGUAUGCGAGGUUUAUCCGUUAAUGGACGAGAGAUUGAUAUGAGUACUCCCAUUAAAUCUGCAUUUGUAACCUCCACCUGUGGUAGGAAAGAAAAUUCCUGCAUUACUUCUACUUGUGGGGAAAGUGGUACAUGUAUUAAUGAUUGGUUUACUACUUCCUGUAUUUGUGACAACGAUAUGGUAGCAACAUCUUGCAUUGAAGCUAAAAAGCCAUUUAGCAUUGGUGGAGGAAGUUUCAUUGAACUGAUCCCAGAAGAAAAGCAUCGAAGGACCUUGCUACUAAUAGAUAAGGUCAAAGAAACUUCAUCUAAAACCAUAUCAUUCCAUAUACGAUCAUACUCUCAGAAUGGAAUCAUUAUGUUUUCUGGUACUGACGAUGAACAUACAUUAUUGCAGCUUAUCAAAGGAAAACUAAUUUACUCUUCAAAAAUGAAAUCAUCUGAUGAAGUAAUUGAGGAAUUGGAUUUGCCUCUGAUAAAUGACGGACAAUGGCAUAAAAUUAGUCUUUCUAAUCAUCAAGGAAAGAAUCAUCAAUUGAAUAUUAGUACUGAUAAUGUACUGCAUGCCAUAAACUCCAAGCAAGUUCUACAUGAUUUUCUGGAUCCAUAUGUUCCAUCAAUCACAAUUGGAGGGCAGUGGGAUCAGCUGACUGGGGAUGGACAAUUUAAUGAUGUUUCUGGAUGCGUAAAAGUGAUUGUUGUGAAUAAUGAAGUUCAACAACAAAACUCUUCAAGCUAUUUUAAAUUAUAUCAUCACGGAAAUACUAACUCCAUGUGCCAAAGUGAAGCUCUCGGGAUAGAUAAUGUUACAACUGAUCCUCUAAGCAUUGGAGUGAUUCUUGUUAUAGUCUUUUUUGUUAUUUUACUUAUUGUUAUCCUCAUCAGUUUCCUAGUUUUCAGGAGACGCAAACUAAAGCGAGAUAAAGGUCCCAGCCAAAUAAAACAAAAUGGAAACAACGCUUUCCUUACUAGCGCUAGUAGCGAAUCUCAUAGGACACAUCAGUGUGCUGGAUACACUGAAACUGCUAAUACAGAUGAUGUAAUAAGGAAUCAUAUGCCGCAAGAUCUUGUGCCAAAGAAAAUAAAAGAUCGUGAACAUACUGAUUGCCCACAAAGACCAGAUAUCAUUGAACGAGAAAUUCAUAAUAAACCGUCACCAGCUCUGAGAAUCGAAGAACCUCCUCCUCACAAUCAGGAUAAAACACAGAACAAUUUUGUGAUGCAAAAUCCAGCAGAUUUGGAAGCCCCAGAACAUUAUGAUUUAGAAAAUGCAAGCAGCAUUGCUCCCAGCGAUAUUGAUAUAGUGUAUCAUUACAAAGGAUUUCGUGAUGGUAAUAUUCACAAAUACAAAUCAAACCCACAAGUUCCUAGUUAUCAUAAACAUAACCACAGACAUAGUCCUCACCAAUUUCAAUCAAAUCCACCUGUAAGAGAAAGUCCUCGUAAUAUCUUACAUCAACCGCAUAAUCCUCUUACGCAACGAGACAGUCCAUCAUCAAUUAAAAUGCAAAAUACACCAUUAGCAAGACUUAGUCCUUCUAGUGAACUUUCCCAACAAACUCCAAGGAUACUAACAUUGCAAGAUAUUAGUGGUAAACCAUUGCAAAAAGCUUUAUUAGCUACAGCUCAGGGCGUUGGAUCAAAGCAGUUUCAAGAUCCAAUGACAAAUUCAGAUCGCAGUCUGAAUAGUCCAGUAAGCAACUUAAGUCAUAGCACAAGUAGCAUGCAAUCAGGCCAUCAAAAUAUAAGCAAAUUAAAAGCCAGGGAUAAUAGCAUAACUCUGGGUCUUACAACCGAAGAAAUUGAAAGACUUAACGCUAGACCUCGAAAUCUUAGUCUCGUAAGUACACUAGAUGCAGUAUCAUCAUCAAGUGAUGAUAAUGCAGAGAAAUAUAAACUUGCAGAACUGUUGGAAUCUAAUACAGAACUUCUGGAAGCUCAAGAUUCUUCCACGGAUGAAAGUGGAAAUGAUUCUUUUACUUGCUCUGAAUUCGAGUAUGACAAUUAUGACAAAGUACAUCGAGAAUUUGGACCACGCAAUAUGAUUUUCUCCAAACUUGCUGAGGAAGAUAAUGAAAACGAUGAAGAUUAUGCCAAAAACUAUGAUGGUUUUGACUCCUUCCGAGGAUCUUUUAGUACACUGGUUGCGUCAGAUGAUGAGUCGUCCAACCCACCACCUUAUAAACCAACAAAUGGUUCCAUGUUAGGAUGGGACUGUUUGUUGAAUUGGGGACCAAAUUUUGAAAAUCUAGUUGGUGUAUUCAAAGAUAUCGAACAACUUCCAGACAAUGUCAAUUCAUCUGGUCCUGGCCAUUCGCAGACUGAUGAAGAUUAUGUAUAAAAAUUCAUUUCAUAGUCAUUUUGUAAAGAAAUGUUUCAUUCUGUUGAUUUCAUUACUGACCUCAUCUAUCAUUGACUGAAAGACUUGCCUUUACAUAUGAAAAUAUUUUGUUUUGAAGGAAGUCACUCAUGUGAAUAUUAUAGUAAAUAGUCACAUAUGAGAAUAUUGUAACAAAUUUCAUUGCGUUCUUUAAAAAAAAGUUGGACAUUUUUUACUACUUUUAAAAUCAAAAGUGAUUAGUGCCUUAUAUUGAAUGGUUUUAUGAUCUAGUUUAAGGAACUGACAACGCAUAGAAUUUACAUUAAUAUUUCCAUUUUUAUUAUUGUCUGUUAACGUUUUCUAACAUAUAUUCAUCAUUUUGUUGCUAAAUUUUUAUUUUGAAUCCCAGACGAAUUUUUUUGUUUUACUUAAUAUUCCAUGUUACUUUUGUGCUUAAAUUAGUUUUAUAUGAGCAUAAGGAGAAGUUUAUUUUUUGGAGGGGGAGUUAUAUGUUAUAGAGCGAUACCGAAUUUUCUUAAACUUAUCUUUCCAAUUAAAAUUUUAAUAAUUCAGUCUAUUAAAAUCCUGUUUGUAAAAAAUCAUGCUUAUGUGCACAUUUAAGAUAUUUAAGAAUAUUAUUAAAAUUCUUCAAAAUACCAAAACGAAGAAUACAAAUAUAUUUUUGCAUAAUUAUAUGUGAGAACUUAAAUUGGUAAUUAUGAGCAUAAAAAACAACCUCAAGUUAGGUAUAUGUAGUUUUUAUUUUCAGAAAGUUAUUAUUACUUGACUUUAGUUAAUUUUCGUAUACUUAGGAGAAUUGUACUGUCAUAUUCAAAAUAUUGAGCAAUAAUGAAUCCAGGGACAAAAUGUUGAUUAUUCUCCUACGCUCAUAUUUUGUAUAAAAGUGCAUAAUGAAAAAAAAAAUGUUAAAUGUUUUGAUAUUUUUCAAAAUAACUUGAUUUUUAAAAGUUGUCAUGACAAUAGAAUAUGUUGUUAAUACCUUAUGUAUUUUGUUUGUUUUUCCUCAGCAGUCUUGAUACCUCAUGUUUUAAAGCUAGUCAGUUGGCAUCACUUCUGCUUUACAUCAUUAUCAUUACUUUAUUCUACGAGAUUGAGCUCUGUAAAGCUAUUUUAAAAACUAAGACCUUUUGUAGGUGCCAUGAUUUUACGUAUAUCUACUUGUUUUCAAGCCAGUAAUUUUAAUUGGUGAAAUUAGUAUUGAAUGAACAAAACCAUUCUUCAAGAUAGCAUUUUUGAAAUUUUUUGGCAACUCAUCGAGAAUUUAGACAUUAAUUGUUUUAUUCUGUGGAUCCCAAGUAUUAAACUUGUGUUGACAAUUUAUAAUUUAAAAAUAUUUUUGUUGUAUUACGGUAAAAAUAACUCCUGUAUGACACAAAAACAUAUUUUUUAUAAGUAAUAUUUUUUUAAAAAAUGAUGAAAAUACGAAACGUGUUUUUUUUUUCUCUCUCUUUUUUUCCUCCUAAAAAUACAUUUUUGUCUAAUAUACAUUAUUUUUACAAUUUUUUUCAACGUCUAUUUUACAACUUAGAAUUUUGGAGAAAUGAUGUUGUACCAUAACCAUUAAUGGCUGUGACAAAUAUUUUGUUCCUGAAAGUUCUAAGUCACUUCUUUAACUUCAAUUUUAUAGAUGAAAUGCAAUGAUGUGAUUUGAAAAGCAGGUUUUUAAAGCUUAUACUUCCAUGCCAUUGUAUUAAGAUGUCAUGUUCAAAAGUUUACAUUUUUUUGUACAUUUUUAUAAUAUUAAAUGUGCCAUUUGUGUUACAUAAUACAGCAUUUUUUGUUGUAAGCUUGUAAUAAAACUUUUACAAUCAGU